AUGGAGCGCGCUGUGAGGAAUUUCAUUAUUAUCAUUUCCAUGGACAUCCUUGUCUUCGUCACGAGCGUCAUAAUUUGGUGCAGAAAGCGCACGAAGAUUAUCGACAUCAUCCGCAACGGAUUUCAGGGAUUGCACAUGGUAAAUCACAAAAAACGCAAAGAUGACCAGCAAAACCAAGACGGAAGCAACACAAUCCAUCAGGUUAAGUACAUGAGCUCCUACGAUGGAGGAAGUGAAGGUACUGAUAUCGAUGACGAAGGUGAAAAAUCGGAUAUUGGCACCGAUGGGAGAUAUGGAGACGAUGCGUCAACUACUUCGGCCCUUUAUGUGGCCCCGGAAAAGUCGCGGAAAGAUGCGGAUGUGCGCAGGGCGACGGCGAUGCGAGGAAACAAAACGUGGUGGUAUCACUUGAUAUACAGUAAAGACGGUCGAAUCAGGAAUAAUGAGGCUGUGCUAUACCUUAAGUUCAUACGCAGCACGUGUAUCAUGUUACUCAUCUGCUCCUUUGUAGCACUCGUAUCGAACAUUAUCAUCUUCACGCAUCUUGCACUCAACAAUAAACCGCAGUUUUUAUUCACAUACUCUAUCGAAGAUAUGCGCAGCUGCAAGCUAACUGUUUGGACCCUGUAUGCCACCACGUGGAUAUACUCCAUCAUAGUUUAUGUCCACAUCUUCAAGUUUAGACGAAAAGUCAACAGAGGAAAACAAAUUACGGUCAUGUUGCGGCCACAGCUGCAUACUAUAAUGAUAUGUGGAUUCGAUAAAAACAUUACAGAUCCAACAAAGUUCUACCGACAUUUCGAGCAGUACUUCCCUGAACAUGUCCUCUCCGUGCACAUAGUUUUCAAUCACAGCAAACGUAUGCAACUCGAGGAGGAGCUGACUGCGACAAAGGCACAGCUAUGUUUAUGCAGGGAUAUGUCAUUGCUAGUGAAUAAGAAUCGUAAGGGUAAACCCGAAACACCAAGGGCAGACACAGAGGCCAAGGAACCACAACCACCGCCCAGCAAACCACGCAGAUCGCAAUCUUGCGGGGGCAUAACGCCCCCCGAUAACUUGAAUGUCACAUCUGAUGAGGACAAGCAAUAUCGGGCCACUGUUUCAUCGAGUAAUCUGAUCUCGCAACCGAAAGAGGCUAAACGGGAGCCUACCAGGUCAACUGUGACUCUGAGAAAAGGUUUCAUGCGAGGGGUAACCCGAAUAUUAGUAGGCAAAGAAGCUGAAGUGCAAAGACAACAAGAUUAUGAACACGAAGAAGAUUUUGGAGAACGCUUUGUUGAUCUGUUGGGAAGAGUCAAAGAACUCAAGGCGCGGAUAGAAGAAGAAGUUAACCGUGAGCAUGUAACGUCUGCAAGGGUCUGCUUCGUUUCGUUUGCGGACUCAAAUAUCGUAAUGCACAUUCUGAGGGAUAGAAAUAUACUGGAAGCUAUCCCAGAAUGGAGGAUACGGCCUGCGCCGCACCCAAGGGAUAUCAUUUGGCGAAAUUUGCAUCUCCCAAGAUAUUCAAUCAUAAUCAGGAUGCUUGCCUGCAAUUUACUGCUCGUAGUGUUCUACGUGAUCAUUACGUGGAUACUAUCGCAUCUAAACCUUCUACAGACUGUCAAAAGCAAGGAGGCGGCCGAAGGUACGGCAACACAAGUAAAAAAUAAGUAUUUACAGGUGCAUCGGGGGCUACUUUCAAUAUCAAUGACCUUACUCAACGCUCAUUUUGGAGCGCUAUGA